UGGGAUGGAUUAGCUGUUAGAGAUGCUCUGAUAAGCUGUAUGUACGCAAGUGACCGGGGAGUUGUAUUUCGCAUAGAUGGGUGGACACUGCACACCCCCACCUACAUAAAACCCCUUUACAGUUUUGCAGCAGCAAGAACCUUAGGUAGCUGCAGCUCUGAGCUUUUACCCGCUUUGACUCCACUCUACUCCACUGCCUCCGUUCCCCCCUCCCCUCCUCCUCCUCCUCCUCCUCCUCCCAACAGCUAGCUUAGCUCGAUCCGCACGUCAAAACCUUUUCCAUUUAGCUCGUUAGUUAAGCCUGCCGCGCCGCGUCACCGAUCGUCACCACCGGUCGCUGCACGCGCUGAGGUUGCGUGCGCGUCAUGAGGAGGCGGUGGUCUCGCGCGGCGGUGGUGGCGUGCUUAGUGCUCCUCGCGGCCGCGUGCGCCGCGGAGUCGCGCGCCGUGCCGGGCACCAGAAGCGAGGGGGGUGGCAGCGAGGCGGCAGCGGCGAGCAGCGGCAGGAGGAGCGCGUUUGACGUCAUGGUCGUCGGCCUCGUCAGCAUCGGGCUAGGCCGGCGGUGGCGCGCCGGCGGCGGGGACGAGCUGGUGGACGAGGACAAGCGCCGCGUGCCGACGGGCCCCAACCCGUUGCACAACAGAUGAGUAGCUACCUUAGCUGCUCGUUACUGUGCGUGGCCUGGCCGGCCGGCGCGUCCAUUGCCAUCGCUGGGGCCUGGGCGCGCGCGCAAGCUGGUCUUGGUGCGUGCGCGCGCGCGUGCAUGGCGAGGAGGAGAAGAAUGAGAAGGAGAAGAGAGGAGCGUGUAGUAUUACUAUUCUCUUCUGCUUCCCUUUCUUCUUUUUUCCCUAGUUUUUUCCCACUUUGUCUAAUUUUAUUGCUGUUUUUUUCCUUGUAUUUGAUUGGCUUGCGAAGUGGACAGCAAGGCUAUUAUGUUGAUUGAAAGAGAUAGAGAUAUGAGUAUAGGGUUUCUAGCUUGCUUACAUCUAGACAUAUUUUCAUUUCCUUGAUCUAUUAUUUCUGCUGGAAUAUUGAUUGUA